AUGCAAGUAGGGAAGAGGGUAGAGUCAGAAGAGAAAGCAACCGCCGAGAAGUCAUCCUCUGUGGGAGAUUCCACGAUAAGAAACCCUAACAAGAGGAAAAGAAGCAUGUUCAUUGAUGGACAAGUGGGGGAAAAGGAUCAAGAUCAUGUUCGUGAUUCCACCACCAAGAAAAGGCGAGUAGUGUGGGACAAUGAGCUUAAAAAAAAGUUUCUGGAUGCAAUGGAAGACCUUGGCCCAGAAGCUGUUCCCAAGAAAAUUUUAGAGAGGAUGAAUGUUGUUGGCAUGACUCGAGAAAAUGUAGCUAGCCAUCUCCAGAAACACCGGAUGCUUCUAAAUAAGCAGAAAAGUCAGAAUGAGAACGAUGAGAAGAAACGGUCUUUAUUAUCGCCACAAGGAGGACUGCAUAGUGGAGAAGGAUCAAGUAAAUUCUACAGAGGAAGCAAUAUUCAAUUCUCAACCCAACAUAUCAGCAACAUUCCUCAUCAACCUCUCAGACAUCAUCAUGAUGGAGUCCCUGUUGCCGUUUCCACUAGAAACCUACUGAUGACUAACCAACAUCACCAUCAAACCUCAGAUUUCACAUGUAUUGAAAACGUAGAAGAGAGUUUGAUUUAUACUGAAGAAGACGGUGAGGUUUCAAACUUGGCUUCCUUCUUCACACAAAAAUCCGAAGAGAUGAGUUUGUCCCACUUACAUGAGCCGGUGAUGGCAACUACAAUGCUUUCCAAUGAUAAUCAGUUGUUUCCCAAUCAACAACAGAUGAUGAAUUUUCAUGAACCAUCCAUUUUGCAUACACAUUCGUUUCCUUUAUCUCUCACACCUAGUUCCUUUCUUGAUCAGAAAGAAACCAUAAUGAUGAUGAAUGUAGAUGAAGGACUACAACAAUGGUUACUCAAUGAACAAGAACAGCCUAACCUAACUGAUGAGAAUAGGUUUUCGAGCAUUAAUCCAAGGUAGGGAUCUGCAAGAAGGGAUAUAUGGUUAAGGAUCAGGGCCAAGCAUGAAACCCGAAUUACAAGUAAGAAAAUGCAGUCCGAUCAUAUAGUUUAAUGUUGUUCUUAUUAUUUUCUAGGGCUUAGACUUUAAUAUAUAUUCUAGGUGAUGCUUUCUCCCUUCUCUCUUUUGUAUAUGUUUGUGUUAGCAUGCAUGGAUUGCUUUGGAUGCAUGUCAAACCGUUUACUUUAUUUACGCAAACGGAAUAAGAACUUGAAACUCUUGUCAAUGGUUUCAAUAAAUAUCCUACUCCAGCAGUUAAUAAACAUUGUGGUCGUGGUAGAUCAUACCAUAACUUUUCUCAAUAAACUUUUUUCCUUUCAAUAUUUUUCCCAUUCCUUUCUAUUUAUCUGCACAUGGAUAAAUUAAAGAGAACAUCUAUAUUCACAUAGAUAAGUUAAAGAGAUAACAUAUUUACAGUCCUGCAUAUAUAUUCAAAUAUAUAAUUAUAUGCAAGCGUCCAUUCAUGUUCAACAGGUAAAUAUCUAUCGAUUUGAAACCACCAAAAUAGUUUCAAAUCUAUAUAGAUAACAGAUCAAAACUCCGAAAAAUGUUAUCAAAUAAUUUAUUUAAAGAUAUAUAUGAUGUAGCCUACAAAUUCUUAAGGUUGAUUUUUUUUUAUUUUGCAUAAAAUAUUUUCUUAAACACUAUCUAUUUUUAGAAACUUAGAAGCAAGAGAAAAUCUAGACUGCUAAAACAAACGAACUAGCCGACUGUUUUUGAGAGAUACAUAACGAGCGCCAUCUAUGCAGUAAAGUGAACAACUCUUAUAAAAAAACUCCUAAUAAAAUUGUAAAGGCGUGACAUAUCUCAAGAUUUCUUUUAUUUUUUCCGUAAUCUAAUAAGUAACACUCAUUCAACCAAUGACCAUAAGAUUCUACUACAAAUAUAACUAAAACAGAAAAGACGUAUAUGUUUUGAAUAUAUCAAACUGCUAACAAAAUACAAAAUUACAGGCUCAUUGAGCGUAACUCUCUAUUAUUUCUUUUCAUGCAACGUAAAACAAAACAAAGAUAAGUGUGCCAACCAAAAAAAUCAUAUUUAUUUUCAAUAAAAACAAUAACACAUAAAUAUUUGACACAAAUCGUUCUUUGGAUUUGUCUAAAUUUCAAAAAUCGUAAACUUAUUACAUCUCCGGGUAUCGAUUAUAGCGUAUCAAACCUUUCGUGUAGACAUCCAGUCAUGGAGUUCUGCCAAGUUGUUUUAUCCAUGAUGAGAUUGCCGAAAAUUUCUUGAAGAAAUGCUUGCUCAUCUCCAACAUUAAUGGACGCUACAACAAACCAUCAUGCUAUAAUACUAAAUAAAAAAAUGAUAUGGCCUUCUAAGCCAAGUGAAAUAAUAUUAAUAAUAUUCUCAAAUUCUCUGAAACUUUUUUAUUGAGAUGUGUUCAUCUCCAUAGUAAGUCGGACGCUAACAAACCAAAAUAAAAAUUGACAGGGUUUUCUACGCAAGCUAAAAAUUAGUUCAUAGAUACAAAUGAACAUCUCAAAAACAUUCUUAGCCUUAAAACAAAAGCAAGGCAACCUAUUAACGAUAGCUUAAUGAUCAAUUUUCUUGUUGAUCAAGGUCACCUAUCGAUCUAUAUUGGACCCUUUUCGAGCAUGCGAAAUUUACAUGGAGACUGAAAAUUCCGCAGACUAUAAUUCGACAUGGGACCUUUCGCUUAAAAACAAAAACAAAAACUAAAAAAAAAAAAAAAAAAGUAACCAUUGAGAUUGAAAAACGAACUCGAACUUAGUGGAAGAAGUGAGAUGAGUUCAAAAGAAAACUGUGUAAAGAUGGGAUGCCGCAUUAAGGGUUUAUAUAGAAAUCCUCAAAGGAAGUGAAAACCGUGUAAAGAUUCUCGAAGAGUUUGAAAUUAUUAAAAUAUUCUUCAGAGAUCUUUCUCUAGAUUUUUUAUUUAUCUUAUGGUUAUGGGAUUAAACAAGUUUGAAUCAGUAAACACUAAUAAUAAUAAUCUAAAUAUAAUUUUAUGCUAAGCCACAAAAUAUGUGGCUAAAGAAUUAACUUGGAAAUAUUUUGUGGGUAAAUGAUCGUUACAUAAUCCGUUGUCAUCGUAUGGAUUAGCAAAACUCACUAUUCUGUAGCCAAAUAAACGAUCAUUACAAUUUUCGUUUGGAUCAAAAAAGGCCAGCUCAUUAACCCAUUUACUCAUUAGAAGGAGCAGAUUCGAAUUCCAUACGAAUGAGAUGUGGCGUCGAUAUUUGAUGGAACUUGAUAACUUAUGUUUGGGAUUAAACCACGAACAUUUCUCAAAGAUAAAACAAUGUUCUUCGUCUGUUUAGCUGCGAUUCAACGACACUAAAUGGGAUCAACAGAAGUUGGUAAGACAAACGCCUUUACCUCCGAAAGACGGUGACAAAAGAGUAAACGAAUCAGAUAAUAAAAAGCUAGCCAAACAAAAAAAUUACAACGUUUUAUUUCAAACAGCUCAAGCCACAUUGGGUAAAAGAUUUUCAUUUUACAGAACAUAUUAAUCAAUCAAGAAAUCAAGAACUUAUAUUAUAUAUAUUAUGAAGUGUCAAAUUCUUAACUUCUCUGCUUUAGUUCAAGGAAUAGUUCACUUGUAAAAUUCACCUGAACUCAGCAAGAAUACAAAACCAAAUGCUCAGCUCUUAACAAAGAAGAGGGUGUGGUUUUACUACUACUCAAAACAAAGCAAACGACCCUAUCUAACGGUGUAACAACUAUCUUAGCCAAUUAAAGCUAUACCUCUAUUUUACACAUUACGAUACUAUAUAUUGAAACCAAGUAUUCUUGAGACAGUUGAUCUUUGUUUCACUGCCUCAACGAUUGCUUCUGGUUAACUGCCACCACAUAAACAGUUUACUCUCUUUGUUUUUGGCGUUCAUAUAUUAACGGUCUGUAGCUUAUACGGAUUAAAAAUGAAGGUCGCGUAUAUAAAACUGUUCUUGGUCUCAGGCUCAGCGAAACAAAGGGGAAUCAACAUUACUUUUAUAAAUACUCUAGCCUGUUAUAGAAAAACGGAAAGAUAUGUGGUGGAGAAAAGCUGGCCAUUAAAUUUUAUUUUAUUGCAUGUGUAUUUCGAAUUUCCAACGGUGCACAUUACACAAUAAUUGAAAUAGUAUAUUGUCUGAUUUAACGACGAUCACAUGUUACAAUGAUUAAACAGAUACUAGUGGCCGUGAGUUUAGCUGAUUAAUAGAUACUGUUACAGUAAAUGUCUGACUAUAAACUCUAUUAG